AUGGCUUGUGCAUACAAUAUUAAAUUCUACUAUUAUAUCGCGUUCGACUGCAAGUGGCGUGUGGCGACUGACGACAAAGAGGUAGAGGCUGAUUUCGGUAUGUUUCAUGAGAAUCGCGUGAUGAAGAGCAAUUUUCAGCAAGUGACAACCGGCUGCAGGGAACCCCGCGCUACUCGCAAUGUCGGCACGAACUUGGUGCUGUCGGAGAAGGAAGGUGGUCUGUUCAUGUCAAGCAAGUCAAACAACACCCUGGUACGACUCGAUGUGACGUAG